AUGUCUUUCGGGACACUGUACGGUUUCGAGGGGAACUCGCGUUCUACGGUGCUCCUCGUUCUUGCUAAAAACGCCAAUCUCGACAUCGAAUUCGUUGAAGUUCGGCCUCCGAAAGUCGAUGCCGCGUACCUCAAACUCAACCCUCUUGGACGGGUUCCUACUUUCGUCGGGCGUGAUGGUUUUGUUCUCACAGAGGUAAUGGCGAUAGCAAUUUAUUUUGCUUCGCAGUCUCGAGAUACAACGCUUUUCGGAAAUGGCCAAAAAGACUUUGCCACCGUUGUUAAGUGGAUGUCUUUCGCAAACACAGAAGUCCUCCCUAAACUCGGCGGCUGGUUUCGCCCCUUGAUCGGACAAGACCCUUACGAUGAAUGUCGAAUGAAUGCGUCCAAAGCUGAAGCUCUUGAAGCUCUGCAAAUUAUGGAGGAGCAUCUUUCACACCACCCCUUUCUCGCAGGAGAGUCAACUACGUUGGCGGACCUUUUUGCUGCUUCGUUGGUGUCGCGCGGCUUUGCGUACGUUCUCGACAGGGAAUGGCGCUCGACACACCCCAGCAUUACUCGUUGGUACGAAACGGUCACGAGCCAUCCCAGGUGGAGAUCAGUUGUCCACACCGUGGUAAUGAUCGACGCCGCUCUCAACGCUCCGUAA